AUGGCGCGAGGACAACCUCAAGAGCCGAGAGAGGAAGAAGUCUGGCGGUACCAGGUGAAGGUCUGGUCUACUGCUGCGGUUUGUCUCUCAGUCCUCAGUGGCUGUUUCAUUGGGAGCUGUUGGGUGGUUCAUGAUAAUUACAAAAUGGUCAAGAAGCUGUCUGAACAACAAGAGCCCCAGAACCAUAGUUCCCAUGUACAUUAUGUCCACGAAGGGGAGGAGCUACAAGGUACACAACUGUACUGCUGUCCAAACUUCUGGAGUCUGUUUCAGUCCAGCUGCUACUUUCUUUCUACUGAGUUGAAAACUUGGACUGCGAGUGAGAGGCACUGCUCUGCACUGGGAGCUCAUCUUAUGGUGAUCAACACUGAAAACGAGCAGCAAUUCAUCCUCCAGAAGCUGGAUACAGCAUUUGCUUACUAUGUGGGACUGUCAGACCCAGAGGAGAAGCACCAGUGGCAAUGGGUGGAUCAGUCACCAUACAAUGAAAGUGUCACAUUCUGGCAUCCUGGUGAACCCAAUAAUCAUAAAGAGUGCUGUGUCAUGCUAAAUUCUCGUAAUGGAAACUGGGGCUGGAAUGAUGUCCACUGUGAUGUACCUCAAAUGUCAAUUUGUGAGAAACUGAGGAUCAACUUAUGA